AUGAUGGUGCUUGUCGCCACCGCUCUUCGAUGCGCGGAUCUGAGACGGCCACCCGGAUGGAAGGUGGGCUUUGAGGCAAGGCUGUUGGGCCCUACAGGCACAGGAAAAACGAGUAUAAUCAACCAACUUUCCGGGAGCUCCUUGGUUGUUUCGGACAACCCUGGGUCCCUCGAACCGGUCACGACAGCAGUGCAAGAAGCGUCUUGCGAAAUUGACGGCCGGCCAGUCUUGCUGAUCGACACACCCGGUCUCGAUGCAGAGGAGGGUUUGCGUAGUGUAGUUGGGAUCAUUGCUGACCUACGGAAUCGCCAGAAUAGCGGCAUGAAAUUCAGCGGUAUCAUAUACACGUGUUCUGUGAACGAGAACCGCGUAAGACCCGUCAAUGUCUUUGAUGCGUUCCGCAAGCUGUGUGGGGACGCUGCUAUGCCCGUCGUAACCGUGGUGACGACUGGCUGGGAUCACCUUCGGGACCGCAGUGUCGGUGAGAAGCGCGAACAGGAAUUGCGUUCGGAGAAGCAUGGCUUCCGCCCUGCACUUGACCGGGGCGCGAAGAUAAAACAAUGGGACGCUAAAAAUCCUCAAACGGCAGAGGCCAUUGUAAAGGAAAUCUUGCAGUCAGGAGGGGGCCCAGAAAGGUCACAAGUUAGACUAUUCCACGACACUUUCGUCAGUCCAGUCACGGUGCUUGUCGGACAAUUCGAUUAUAUACGGGAUGACGCUGUUGAAAUCACUGCAGUCACGUGGCAUAAGGUCGACUUGCCGCAGCUGUACUGGUUGGAAGGAAAGCUGUACUUCUACCAACUCUGCCCUGUAUUACCCCCACAACAUCUCAACCUCUGUAGCUUCUGUAUACAUAUGUACUCUCCUCGUCAAAGCUAUGGCUCCCCGCCCCCAGAACUGUCAAACAAUCCGUUCAUCGACCACCCCGCGAACGCGCUCUCGCGAUUUCCAGACAUCUCGGCUGGUGCUGAUACAGCCAACUCAGGACAGUAUACCUCAUGGCUACAGCAACCUGGACAAUCAGGCUCCAUGCUGGCAUCGAAUUCCACCGGAUAUCCAGGACAAAGCGACUCCUCCAUGUAUGGUGGUGGCGCGUAUCAGCAGCCACAGCCAACAGGAUGGCAUGCGAGCCCGGGAUACUUCCAACCCCAGCGGGCGUAUGGUGCGCCACCCAUGCAGCCGCAGACCACAGGGCGGCCGGGAUUCCAGCCCUCGAGCUCUUUCGGUCAGCAGCUCGCCGCGCAGGUGAACACUGCGUACACCGGCGUGCCGCAGCAGCAACCGCAAUACACAGGAUAUCCACAGAUGCAGGCGCCCUCGCAGUUCGGAGCCGGGUACCAGCCAGGCUAUGCCUCUCAGCAACCGCAGCAAAACCCGCAGUAUAUUGCCGAACUCGACCCAUACGGGCCAGGAUCACAGCCAUCAUAUAGUGGUAGCGGCGCCAUCGGUUACCGACCCCCACACCCGCGCGAGUACGUCCAACAACACAAAGCCGAGCUGGAAACCUGGGAUAGCUACUCCUGGAAGCAGAUUCAAAACUCGUUCGAUGCACUGAAAGAGGCGUGGGGCGCGCGGAAACGUGAUAUCGAGAACAGAGCGCGGUCGCUGGGAGGUGCAGGCUUGUUCGGCGGCGGCGGGUACGGCGGCAUGUAUGGCGGGCAGGCCCAAGAGCUCGCCCGGCUGGAAGGUCUCGUGAGGGAAGCUGAGUCCAAUUUUGACUCGGUCGCAGCUUCUGCAUUUCAGAUGCAUGAAGUAUAUACGGGCUAUCGACAGUCUGGCGACAUCGCCUCCAAGCGGCGAGUGCGCGAGGCCAUCAAUGCUGCGCUCGUCAGUCUGCCCGACUGGCCGCCCCAAGCGUUCUAG